AUGUUUCAGCAGGGUCGAGUUAUAAUUGUUUGGUUAUCUUGGCUUAUUGGAGGGAUCUGCGGCGUGGUUAUUCUGUUAAUUAUUAUUUGUUAUUGCCGCCUAAUGCCGCGACAUCAGAAAUCAUUUGAUGAACAGUAUUUAAAAGAAAACUAUACAAUAAAGGAAGGACACAGCUAUACAUGCCAUGAAAGUUAUAGAGUUAAACACACAGAGGUUCAAGUCCAGAGGCACACACGGCCCGCAAGCUAUGCGGGUGAUCCGGAAUGUCGCGCCUCGCGUGCGCAGCCGCACUGCUACGUAAAUCGGGUUCCAGAACCACAAAGAGAUCAACAACAAUAUGCUUCGAGUGGAAUGCUAGAUGAGAUAGAGGGCGCGGCAAGCAUAGACGCGCUAAAGACGCGAUCAUUGCCCGCGUUUUUGCGACCAAAACAACGACCACUGUCAACUGAAGAUGAUUUACAUCAAUUAUAUGCCAAGGUGAAUCUGAGCAAAAAAUACAAAAAUCGCAUGCGAAGUGAGCACGCUGCCAUCAUAGCACUCAGCAAGUCUCACAGUCAGUUUUUGGACGCAGAUGCCGUCAUUGUUUACGACCAGAGGACUGCGCUUUAG